CUCUACCCCAAGCACCAGCCUUUGACAGGUACAAAUAUCCACCGUCCGCCUCGUCGCUGCCUGCCUCUGACAUCAACUAUAGGCACGACAAUUACUUCGAGGUCGCGUUGACAGAGCGCUCGAAGCGGGGCAUCCCAACGCAUACCAAACCCUCCUCUUCUUCCCCUCGAAACAACACCCGCACAACACCGCCAAGAUGGUGCAGUUCACCGUCGAGGAGCUCCGCCAGCUCAUGGACAACCCAAUCAACAUCCGUAACAUGUCCGUCAUUGCCCACGUCGAUCACGGAAAGUCCACCCUCACCGACUCCCUCGUCCAGCGAGCUGGUAUCAUCUCAGCCAAGAACGCCGGUACUGCGCGCUUUACAGACACUCGUGCCGAUGAACAAGAGCGAGGUGUCACCAUCAAGUCGACCGCCAUCUCCCUCUACGGCACCCUCAUCGACCCAGAGGACCUGAAGGAUAUCCCCGUCAAGACGGAGAAGAACGACUUCUUGGUCAACCUGAUUGACUCGCCAGGUCACGUUGACUUCUCGUCUGAGGUCACUGCUGCUCUCCGUGUCACUGACGGUGCCCUGGUCGUCGUCGACACCAUUGAAGGUGUGUGCGUGCAGACCGAGACUGUGCUCCGACAGGCCCUUGGUGAGCGUAUCAAGCCAGUCGUCAUCAUCAACAAGGUCGACCGUGCUCUUCUCGAACUCCAGCUUUCCAAGGAAGAUCUGUACCAGAACUUCUCUCGUGUCAUCGAGUCCGUCAACGUCGUCAUCUCCACCUACUACGACAAGGCUCUUGGUGAUGUCCAGGUCUACCCGGAGAAGGGUACCGUCGCCUUCGGUUCCGGUCUCCACGGCUGGGCUUUCACCGUCCGCCAGUUCGCCGCCAAGUACUCCAAGAAGUUUGGUGUCGACAAGACCAAGAUGAUGCAGCGUCUUUGGGGCGAGUCGUACUUCAACGCCAAGACCAAGAAGUGGACCAAGUCUGCAGAGGGCGCUGAGCGUGCCUUCAACCAGUUCUGUUUGGACCCAAUUUUCCGCAUUUUCGACACCAUCAUGAAUUUCAAGAAGGAGGAGAUUCCAAAGCUCCUCGAGAAGCUCGAGAUCAAGCUUGUCGGUGACGAGAAGGAUCUUGAGGGCAAGCAACUCCUCAAGGUCGUCAUGCGCAAGUUCUUGCCCGCCGCAGAUGCCCUCAUGGAGAUGAUGAUUCUCCAUCUUCCAUCUCCAGCUACUGCCCAGAAGUACCGUAUGGAGACUCUGUACGAGGGUCCUCCAGACGACAUCUCUGCCAUUGGUAUCCGUGACUGUGAUCCAAAGGGUCCCCUCAUGUUGUACGUCUCCAAGAUGGUGCCGACUUCCGAUAAGGGACGUUUCUACGCUUUCGGUCGUGUCUUCUCUGGUACCGCCCGCUCUGGUCUCAAGGUCCGUAUCCAGGGACCAAACUACGUUCCAGGCAAGAAGGAGGACUUGUUCGUCAAGUCUAUCCAGCGUACCAUUCUCAUGAUGGGUCGCUACACCGAGCCAAUUGAGGAUGUGCCAGCCGGUAACAUUCUUGGUCUGGUCGGUAUUGACCAGUUCUUGCUCAAGUCCGGUACCCUCACCACCGAGGAGAGCUCGCACAACCUCAAGGUCAUGAAGUUCUCCGUCUCGCCCGUCGUGCAGCGAUCCGUCGAAGUCAAGAACGCCAACGAUUUGCCCAAGCUUGUCGAAGGUCUCAAGCGUCUGUCCAAGUCGGAUCCUUGCGUUCUUACUCUCAUCAACGAGUCUGGUGAGCACGUCGUUGCUGGUGCCGGUGAGCUCCAUCUCGAAAUUUGCUUGAAGGAUCUCGAGGAGGACCACGCUGGUGUCCCACUCCGCAUUUCCGACCCAGUCGUCCAGUACCGUGAGACCGUCGGUGCUGAGUCCAGCAUGCAGGCCCUUUCCAAAUCACCCAACAAGCACAACCGUCUCUACGUCACUGCCUGUCCUCUUGCUGAGGAAGUGAGCAAGGACAUUGAGGCUGGCAAGAUUGGACCACGCGACGAUUUCAAGGCCCGUGCCCGUAUCCUUGCUGACGAGCACGGAUGGGACGUGACUGAUGCCCGUAAGAUCUGGUGUUUCGGACCAGACACCAACGGCGCCAACUUGCUCGUCGACCAGACCAAGGCCGUGCAGUACCUCAACGAAAUCAAGGAUUCUUUCGUCUCUGGUUUCCAGUGGGCGACCAAGGAAGGUCCAGUUGCUGAGGAGCCAAUGCGAUCAGUGCGCUUCAACAUCAUGGAUGUUACCCUCCACACUGAUGCCAUUCACCGUGGUGGUGGGCAGAUCAUUCCAACUGCGCGUCGUGUGCUCUACGCCGCCACUCUUCUUGCCGACCCGGGUCUUCUCGAGCCCGUCUUCUUGGUCGAGAUCCAGGUUCCAGAACAGGCUAUGGGUGGUAUCUACGGUGUGCUUACCCGCCGAAGAGGUCACGUUUUCGAGGAGGUCCAGCGUCCAGGUACUCCACUCUUCAACAUCAAGGCAUACCUGCCCGUCAACGAGUCUUUCGGAUUCAACGCAGAUCUCCGAUCCAAUACAUCCGGUCAGGCUUUCCCACAGUCAGUUUUUGACCACUGGCAGAUCCUUCCAGGUGGUUCACCACUCGACAAGACCACCAACCCAGGAAAGAUCGUCGAGGAGAUGCGAAAGCGCAAGGGUAUCAAGCCAGACGUUCCAGGCUACGAGAACUACUACGACAAGCUCUAAACAGCGCGCCGAUGAGAAUGCUGAUGAGAUGGAAGGUGCUUGGGAUACCCAGAGGAGGAUGUCGAGCAUUUGCGGGCGUCUUUUGCAGUGGCUGAUACAGGUAUGCUGUCAUGGAAAAGCACGACUAGAUCAGCGCAGGCAACAUAUGCUCCUGCACGACGGACUUCAGUGAUGAAACGAGAAAGUACUUGAGGAGGUUAUGGCAUGAAACUUUUCAUUUGUUUUUCCCGAUGCAUUUGGUUGUCUAGAGAAAGCGGAUAGCCAAAAAGCGGUUUCAAAUUACUUUCC